CCCAAAGGCGGCAUCCACACAAAACUGCUGUAGGACACUCUGGAAGCAACAAGCUUGACUGGACAAAACGCCCACUGCUGUAUUGCUGUGCACUUUCGAUUGGACGGUAAUAGCAUCAAAACGAGGCACCAAACGUGGUUUUGGUAAGUGUAUGCAAAGCUGGAUGAUAAAAAUGGUAGUUUGUCGGUGUACUUGAAAGAUAAUUCGGUCAAACUUAACCCUGCGCAUCAUCGACACAGGUGGGCUGGCGGUUUUUCCAGGAUGCUGGUGAACGUAACGUUACACUCCGUCCUCGAAAAAGAGGAAGCGUGGAAGUUAGUGUAAAACCACCACGGUGGGACAAGCCCGACGCCAGCUUUACAGGUCUGGUUGUGGUCUAAACAAGGACACCUGCAGUGGUCAAAGUCCGCAAAUAUCGAGGUGGGGCUGAACUUAAAAUCGAGAAAAAACCACCGUAGUUUCAAACGGUUGCUUAAAUUGGCGUUAACGGUCAGCUGUUUUGGCACUAACCGUCGAGUUUGAACCGUAACGGUUGUGAAACUUUGUGAUAUUACCCACAUUUACGAGAGCCACCCCUGUCAAUGGGCUGCUGAACCUUUCAAACAGAAAAUGAAUAUAUAACCCAACAAGAGCUCUCAGCAACUACCGAAGUAUUUUUCUUUUGUCAUUAAUGUUAUGGCUUAAGUCCCAUUCAAGACCACAGGUGAGUUACUGAGUGUUAUUUACUGUCUCAGGACAUGGCUUUGACCAACACUGCUAUCUUGAAUUUUAAGUAUGUAUCUGUGGAAAGACUUUUGUAACACUUUAAUUUGGUUUGAUUAUUUAAUCCAAAUUUGAAAAAUAAAAGCACUUAAAAUCAGUUUGGAAAAGAGAGAUACUCUGGUCCUGGGGCAGAAGCUACAGCAGAGAGGUGGUAUAGGUACAGUUUCGAUUAAAAUCCCUGUACAAGUAAAGGAAGAUUUACUUUGAUAAUAUUGACAGCUCUGUAUCUUUUUGAAGCUCACCAGGAAGCACUGGACCGUGCAUAAUUUACCACUGACCAUGUAAAAAGUUCACACUAAAAGUCCAGAUUUUCCAGACCAAUUGGAAAACCAAUAACUAUAGUGCUAUAGUAACUUCUAUCAACCUUGAGAAGAUUUCUGCGCUAUUACAACCAUACGGCCAGCACCUCAAUAUGACGUAUGGCCCAGUGCAACCCAUACUGCACACUGCUCGUCACGAUACAGAGAGUAACACUCGCGACUCACUGCAUACUGCUCAUCACGAUACAUGGACUCUAACUGUCUACACAACAUGUUGCUUCUAGCAGCACUCUCCUCUCCUACCCUUCUCUUUGUCAGGUAAAAUUAAAUAGAAAGGGUCAUUUCCUGUGUGUCAGCGAGGGAAUAUCACCACCGACACCAAAUACAAAAAGGACAAAUACUGAACGAUACCGCAAGGUGUUAAGAGGAGCCGAACAGCUUAAUCAGUGUUGUAUCAUCUCCUCUUGUAGCGGCUUGGGUAAAAUGGGUAUUUACAGACAUGUAGAAAUUGUGCACUGUAGCUUUAAUGUCAAAGAGCAAUUUUCUUUUAAUGCUGAAACUCUGUCCAUGUAUCCAUUUAUAUUGUGUCUUCAAACCCUGGUGAAUUGAAGUAAUUUUUGUAUAGAUACCACCACCAGUCCAAAAAAGGAUGUGUUUUAUAAUUUGGCAGCUCAAAACCUCCAUCACUGUGUCAAUUAAAACUGGGUUCAAAAUGAAAGUGCUCCUCCAGUUUUAGACCCCUAUUUGACUCCCUGGAGGACAAACACCAAACCUGCAUAGUUUCCUCUGGUGCUAUCCACUAAAGGAUACUCUAUUGAUCAAUUUCAUUGGCCUAAGUGCCUCCCAGCCCAUGGCCUUUUAUUUACAGACCUGUAACUGUGCGCUCAAUUAAUGAUUGAGAUGUUUAUGGUCUGCCCAGGUGAUAUGAAUAAUUUAAAGAUAUGUGGGUAUAACAGUAGUAGAUGAUAUUAUGUUCUUGGGUGGUGCCACAGAGUCAGAUUCAAGGUUUUUCCAGUCUUACUCUCAGGCCUGUUGGGACUAUCACUGGGUCGCACAUGAUUGGCUAAGAGUUUGUUGCUGUCAAGAGGGCUACCACAUUGGAAAUAUGAUCCUAUUCUGACUUGCGUGCAAAAUGCUGAAAAGGGCAGUGUGAUGUUGUUUCUGAGAUGUUGUUUGUUGUGACAUUUGAUAGGCAGCUGUGUCCCCUUUUGCAAAAACCAUCACUCUGAUUACCCUCGCUCACUGUGGCACACAUUGCAGGCAGAGCUGUCAACUGACAAUAAACUCAGUGUAGAUUUGAGGAGGUUUAUGCUGGCAGACUAAUUUGGAGCCACCUAGAUACCUGUCAGUGUCAGUGUUGUCGCUAUUCUUUUAUUCCAUUUCAGUCUCUUUUCCCCUCAGAUAAAGUUUAGUAUUUAUAGCAAAACUUGAGCAUUAGCUGAUGGAAACGUAUUUGAUUGUGAUCUGACUAUAUUUUUGGAGUCAUGUAAGCAGGAGAAACUCACAACCCCAGCUCAAAUAAGAGUUUGGACUCUGUUCAAAAUGUCAGUUCAGGAACAUUUCUUCAGGAGGUGAGGGGCAUCACCUCUUCCAUUGCUAAGGCUCUGAAAACAAUUGGGAGCUGUGAAAUGUCAUCUCUUUCUUGCCUGAUUGAGGAUUUUGCCUGCCUUACAGUUCAAGAUCCCACUUGUGUUUUAUGUUUAAUGGUGCACCUAUUGUUGUCAUGGGAGAAAAGCUGAGACCACAGGCAGUGCUGUUGUAAUAUGUACAUUAUGUGAUUUGGCAAUGUGUUGCUGUGAUAUGAAAGUCUCCCCUAAAGAAGGCCUUGUCUAGAUAGCUGCAAACCUGUAAAUUAUUCACUAAUCUCGCCUACCUUGAUGGGGAAGCUACCCUUGUAAUGGGCACUUGUGUAUCCUGUUCCAUCAUUGAUGCUGCCCGUUGAUUUAUAUGCUUAUAAUAAGCUUGGUGGUUUUCCCUUCUUGGAGACAAGGAUGCAAUGAUUUCCAAAAAGAGAGUCAGUUUCAACUGGUUUAAAUGAUUUCAAAACCACCAAACUCAGUUUUUUGAUAAACAUUUUACACAGCAUGGUAACUUUUAAGGGUAUGUGGAUUAGGGUUUUGCAUUUCUGUUACUUUUGCUCACCCUGUUUCUUUGAAUCUUAUCUUAAACUACAAAGUGAAAGUUUGAAUGUAUUGAAAGCUUCUGAGCUUCCAUUUUGCUGUACUGUCCAUCAGCCUCUUCUGACUUACUUCAUGUUCUUUCAGGAUUGAACUGGAGGAGGGAAAAUGUCGGCGGGCUACAAAGAUGACCAGAAUGACUGGCAGACUGUGUGUCUGAAGUACCUGCUCUUUGUGUUCAACUUUCUCUUCUGGGUAAGUGAGAGCUGCAAAUACUCCAGAUUCUUAAGUAACUUACUCAUGAAAGUCUUAAAGAAAAGCCUCUGCUAUGAAUACUGUGUGAAUACUCAUAAACUUAUCAUGUUAUAUCCAAACCACAUGAAUUACUUCAUUCUUUAAAAUGAAUUCCUUUAACCCAAUGAAUUUUAACACCAGUGGUUAAGUCCCGACGUGACUUAAGGUACCAAUAAAAGGUGUAUUUUAUCCCACAAGAAUGAGAAUUCAUGAUUCUUUCUCUGCUAUAGGACAUUGUGAAGAUGGUUUAUAUUGCUUUAAGGCAGCAGGUGUAGAGAAGGUCAAGGUGAAACAAGCAGAAAAAGAGAGGGAGACUUUUGAUUUUGAAAUGGCUCAGCGUACCAUGGACUCGGCCCAAAGUGAGCCCUACAUUAUCGGGGCUUGUCAGUGUACGAUGGCAGCACAUUUUAUGAUGCUGCAGUUUGCUGCUUAGAGUGAAUGCUCUAACAGCAACUGUGGAGAUUGCCAGGGGGUCACUUUGGAUCGUUUUCAAAGUCUUGGGCAAAGAGAAAACAGUGUAUAAGUGGAGAGAGACACAGAGAGAGAGACUGACGCUUCUGUCAGGGGACUUGAAGAGAGGAAAGGUAUCAUGCUUUAUUACAAGGCUUGGGGAAACAUGAAGUCUGACCUGUUGAUUGAUUUCAGACUCUCUUCAGUGUUUUAUGUCAAUUCUUCUCUUUUUGACUUCAGCUGCAUAAUGAGGUUGUUUUCACAAUAUAUAAGUUAUGGGAUUUGUAAGAUUCAUACACUGGUGCUGUUGCUUUGCCAUGUUUCAGCACAUCACUGCUGUUUUGAACAUGUUUAUGAAUAUGAAUUGUCCUACAAAUUACACUAUGGCACUCCCACCGCUCAAAUUUUUGGCCUUUGCAUAUUGUUUUGUUCCAAAGAAGUACUGAAUAAGCCAUAACAUGGUAGUUUAGGACUCCUUUGGGGGAACUUCAUGUGCCAAAGUAGUGCCUCCUCCUCUUGCAUGUGUUGCUGUGGGUAUAAUGGCUCUUUCUUCUGACGGAAAUGGAAGUGGAAAAUGACGAGGGAGAGAGGCUCUGUGGCAUUUCCUUUCUAUCUGCUUUUGAAACUGAUGGGAGGAACAGAUUUGAAUGCUACCCUGGGUCUUCUCUCCAGCAUGUUUUUGAGGAAGUGGUCAUUAUGCCCUGAUUUAAACUCAAGUCUCACUUUCCCUGUCAGGCCUUAUCUCUUGCCGGGACUCCUCCUACUAUCUAUCUUUUCUUUGUUUGCUUUGACCUCUCUAAUGCCCACAUUCCUCUCGGGUUAUUAGAAUUGUUGUGACUCAUCUUAAAGCAUCGAACCUCCAUUUAUUUAUGCCUCAUACCUUUUAUGUUGUCUCACCUUUUCAUCUUUCCCUCCUCUGACAAACUUUGCGCCUCCACGAUCUUUUUUUUCUGUUUUUUUUUUUCCCUUCUUUUUUUAACCCUCUCUGUCCUCUCCUUUUUUUCAGAUGGGUGGAGCAGCAGUCUUGGGUGUUGGAGUGUGGACACUGGUGGAUAAGAGCGACUACUUGAGUCUGCUGGCAUCCAGCACUUUUGCUGUCUCAGCAUAUAUCCUCAUCCUGGCUGGAAGCCUGGUGGUGGUCACAGGCUUCUUGGGCUGUUGUGCUGUCAUCCGGGAGCAGAGAAGCUGCCUGUCCAUGGUAAGACUGGGAACUUUUGGAGGGUGUUUUUAUUGAAGCUUAUUUGUGUUCAUAGCUGUAAAGAAAUGGACAUAGACAUGUGUCUCAUGAGUGUCAGGCCCUAUUAGGGACUUGGUAUCCACAGCAACAACCACAUGGAGUAACAGAUUAUCUACCUCUUGAAAUUACCUGAUCUUUUGUAGACAGCCAUACUUGCUGUUGGGUUUUCUAUAGGUGCAGGGUUUACCCUACAUGCAAUUGAUUGUGGCGCAUCGCCAUGGCUAAAUAAAAGCCGCCACACCUAAAAAACUAUUAGUUUUUAUCUCACAUGGUUCUACCUCGGACUCAUAUGUAUUAGCAGCGUUUCCCCUACAUUCAUUACGUGCGCCGCUGCUGAAAUUUCACAUGAUCAUUAAUAUCUACUUGCACUGUGUGAGCACAACAACACACAACAUUAUUUCCAACUUGUUGUGAGUCAUCAAGGAGUGCAUCAAAUCCUGUCGGACCCUCUUCCACUAAUGUGAAGGGUAAUGUUUAAGCUUAUACACGGUCUGUAUAGCGAGUAGCGCGUGUAAGGUAACAUGAAUGUAACAGCGUAGUUCCUUGAGUGGCAAGAGAGUGGGGGUAACAAUGCCCCUCCCCCAAAAAAAACAAAACAAACAAAAACAAAAAAAAAAAACACACACACAAAUUCUAUGGGAAACAUUGUGGUGGUUAAGUCAUGCGUAACCACCUAGAUCUCUACUUCCCUUGGUUGUAGAUCUUUGAUCCGAAGCUAAAAAAUGCCUGGCAGUCCUCAGUGUCUCCAUUAUUUUUCAGAGACAGGGCCCAGUUGGAGAAAAGCCGACAGAAGGUGAAUGUUCAGAGCUGCAGGAGUAUUUUUAGGUCCAUCUCUGGAUGGAGAGGAAUGGCCAGGCAGAGAUAUGGAGGUAGAUGUGUACAGGGUUUUCUGUCUGUGUUGCAUUUUCGAUGAUUUCUGACUAGAUAGUUGUGGUAUUUAUAGAUCUGUUUUGGAGAUAAAUAAUUUACUCUCGCAUGUAAGUGUGAUUUUUUUCCUUUUUUAAAAAGAACGGGUGAAGUUAGCAUUUUGCGUGGGCGAUUGGCACGCAGGGACCGAGGUGCUUUUAAAGUCUUGUAUCCAAGAGAAACAGAGCAGGCUGGUGUUUCUCUAUAAUAUAAUUAGUAUGAUCGCAACAAAACAAAAGAGAACAUUUGCUUGGAUGUAAUAUAAUAAUCAGCGAGGUAAUGCAGCACUCUCUUUGUUAAAAGGUUCGCAGUCAGUUUGUUAUCAGUGUUGUGCAGGAUGUAUAAAAUCUUUCAUCUCCUGCUGUUAUGAUCUUGCGUAAAACAGCGAUGUUGUUUCUACCAAACUAUCAAGUCCUUCUCUGUUUGCGUUCCUUAGCAUGACUUGUUGAGGAUAUUUGAACCUUGUGUUAUUGAAGCAGGAGAAAACUGAGGCUUUCGUCUUUCUCAUUCAACAGCUGUCUGCGUGAGAACUCUGAAAAGUGUGGGAGAUGUGUCAGCUACUUAGUUUACAUAACAUGCAAUAGUGCUCAUCACAACAGAUUCUGCUCAUAAAUAGAAUAGUGAUGGGCACGGCAGUUCUUUUAGAUGUACUGAAUCAGUUCACUAAAAAGAUUCAUUCAAAAGAUUCGUUCACCGAAUCACUUAACGCUUGGAGGGAGAAGCCUGCGACUUUGACCUCCUGAACUGAUACACAGCUGAACAUCUCAGGAUUCGGUUCAAUUUUUUAGGUGUACUGUCCUGUUGUAUGCCAUUUAUCAGCUCAGUAUAUUGGGCUCAGUGAGUGAUUCGUUCACUGAGCGUUUAGAAGAAUUCAAACUGAACAUGCACCGUUCCCUCGCAAACCGCUGCAAUGAUAGGAUGCUGCAGGUUUAAUGCACUACUUGUUACAUGCUGUGUCCUAUUGUAUGCAAGUUGUCGUGGUGGCAAUUUGGCAAUUAAAAACAAAAAAAAGGUAGUUUUGUCCGACAAAAAGGAUUCCAGAGAGUGUAGUUCAAUGCGUGAUUGUUCACUAAGUGAUUCAGGCAUCGGUGCAUGUGGUUCCUCGUUCGUUGGCUGCUGGUCUGGCAACGCUGUUUCUCACUUCAGCUCAGGUGUGUUUUACUCAGGAAAGAAUAGCCUGAAAAAAAUUAGACUCCACAGUCUGCUUAAGUGAUUUGCCUCCUUUUGUGCAACAAGAUGCAACGUGAUGACAGAUGAUAAAAAGUUUUUAUUGAGUUGUCAAUAGGGGGGGCAACUUAAUUGGAUGAGUUACUGAAAAUACUCCUACCACCGUUCUGUCUUUUUUCUUAUCCACAGUAUUUCUUCUGCCUGUUGCUGAUCUUCUUGAUUGAGCUGGUCGCUGGAGUGCUGGCCUAUGUCUAUUACCAAAAGGUGAGUAAAAUAUCAUUGUCAAUUCACCAUUGUUAAAGUUAUGGGCUUAAAAUUUGGGCUUGUGUCAUCUGACUUCUUAUAUUUCAAGUUGAUCAGCGUCUGUUAAAUCAAAUCACUGACGCACAAAUGUGCAUGAAUUGUUUAUCAAGGUUUCUGGAAAUAAUAAAGCCUAAAAAUCAACAGUCUCAACUAGCUGAUAUUUUGAGUUUUAAAACUGGACAGGUGUUUUGCAGGAACCCAGACCGCAGAGCUAACAAUGCCAUUUGCUGACUGAUAAAUCAAACGCAUAAAGAUACCCUCCUCUCUUUUUCGUAUUUCUAGUGGUCUUUAUAUCUUAUCAUUAGAUACAGAAAAUGCUGAGUCAGGAGAAAUUCGACUGUAGACCUUCAGCAUUUUUUUUCUUCCUUCCAUAUAUGAAUACGUGAUCGUCGAUGUUUGCCACCUGCACUGAGCGUUAUGUUCCGUUUCUGGAGUUCCUCUCACACACACACACACAGAUCUUAAGUUCCAGAUAUCACACAAGCAUCUGCCUGUCAGUCAGCAACCACUGCAAAGAGCACCGAGCUAUCUGCAGGCAAGCGGAGGUUUAUUGAAAUGGAAAAGGGUUCAGCACAGGAUGGAAGCGCUUUAAAGAUAAGGGCUCUCAUCCUCACUCUCUGUUCUCUCUCUCUCCUGUGUGUGUGUCUAUAUGUGUGCACCAACAUGCACACACAGCAAAGACUGUAUCUGAAGUCUAUUUUUUGCCGUGAACUGUUCAUCUGUCUGUCACAGAUGCGUGGGAGUUGCUACCUCUGUAUCUUGCCCUAAUCCUCCCACUUUUCCACUUUCGCCAAUCUCAUCCUUUUAACUCUCUCACCUUUUGUAGACAUUGCUUUCUCACCCAGUGUGUGUCUCUCCCUGUGUCUCUCUCUCUCUCUCUCUCUCUUUCUCCCUCUCCCUUAAUUCCCUAUUCCAGCUGAGCGAAGAGCUGAAGCAGAAUCUGAGCCAGACUAUGACAGAGAACUACGCCCAGCCAGGGAAGGGGGCUAUCACAUUAGCAGUGGAUCAACUCCAACAAGACGUAUGGAUUAUAUUUACGUGGUCCUCUAAGGUUUUGUUUGAUUGGAGUAAGAUUGUAUACAACUCUCCUCUCUAGCCAGCUUGGCCAAAAAAUGUCAUAUUAGUUAUAAAGUCAUUUUCCUGGACUCGGUCUGGAACUAAUCUCUGAAGCAUUUUGAAAUGGUGAAAUUCAGUACAAGAAAUUGCUCAACGUGAUAUUUUCCAUUGGGGGUUUCUUGUACAUGUUCUUGUAAAAAUCCAAUCUGAACCAGCCUGAGCUGAAGUCACAUUUUCUCCCCCUGAGGGAAAAAAUGCGCCCUCCUCCAGUUCAUCUGAGUUCUCAAAGUUCGGUUUAGCCAAAGAAAGUAAUCCUAGUGAAACCUUAGAAACUUGCCUAUAAGAAAAAGGAUGUAUGUUUUUUACUAAGAGUAAGCAUAAAAUUAAAAAAACACAUCUUUCACUCUCCUUUUUCCACAUUCAGUUCAAGUGCUGUGGCAGCAACAACUCCCACGAUUGGAGAGAGAGUAUUUUCAUUUUAUCAGUGUCAGCGGAGGGCAGGGUGGUACCGGACAGCUGCUGUAAAACCAUCACCCCUCUGUGUGGCAGGAGAGACCACCCUUCCAACAUCUACAAGGUGGAGGUAAGUAAUAUUUACAAAGCUAGAAAAUAGAACUGCAAUUGUGAAAAUAAAAAGCCUCAUAUUUAGUCCAAGUCCAGGGAAUGAUGGACAGGGUCUAAAAAAGCAGCAAAUAAAGUUUUUCGAGCUGUAAAAGCAGUUACUUCUUGGAGUAGCACCACACUGUCCAUUUCCAGUGAGUCUCAGUUUCACUGUCAAUAACUCAUUGGCUUAACCCCCACCUGACCUCUUUUCCACUGGGACCUGUUUCUGGAGCUGUCCUCAUGUUUUUGCACAGUAACAAAGAGAAACACAAAACUAGUGACAAAAGCGGAGAAAAACACAAAGUUUGAAACUUCAUUUUCACGUAAAAGUCAGCUCACUCCAAAUGAAUAAAAGAUGAUGUUAUGAAUGUGUCACAGUAAUGCUCAGGUGAACUUUUCAACCUGCAGGUGUCUAACCCUUCAGCCUUCUUAAUGCAUCAUAAUGAAGGCGUUCAUGUAAACAUUCAGAAUAUUACUAAAACAUGAUGUGACAUGCCAUAAAGAGAAAAGAAGUCAUUUUUGGUGAUUCUUCUUGUCUGGUUUAUCUGGAGCAUAUAAGACCCAAUAAACCUGCAUGUUUCUCACAUAGUAUGUUUUUGUUUUCUGCAACAAUUGGGAAAAUUUGCCAAAACAGAUUAUGAGCCACUUGCUGAACAAUAUGUGUCAUCUAUUUUACGACUGUUAAUUCUCAGUUUUUUAACUCUGCAGGGUGGCUGCAUCACCAAACUGGAGCAGUUUUUGGCUGACCACCUGUUGAUCAUUGGUGCUGUGGGCAUAGGUGUGGCUUGUCUGCAGGUAAGUUAACUAAAAAAUGUGAACUCAAGUUUAAAGUUUUUUUUUUUUCUAGAGAGGUAGAAUAUUAUUCCAAACGGUACUCUCUGUAACCUCAGAGAAACACAUUUUAAAAAUGAGUGGUUUUACCUUUGGCAGUGAAAUGCUGCCCUUGGCUGAAUAAACCCUUUAGAAGCGCUCAGCAGAUGGGUUUUAACAUUUCCAUUACUGAAAGUGUACCACUGCAGGUCAACCACCUCUAAAUGGACAUGUCUUUUCAUGUCGACCUCGUCUCUAAAUCAUUCUUAUCUAAUUUUGUUCAUUCCUGUUAUUGGAUUUGUCCCAGGCUGAGGGGGACUCAAGCUUUUAAGCCUUACAGAGACGUACAAGAGGCCAUUUUACUAUUCUGAACUCGCUGUCCGCUUUCAGUUUUGCAAAUGAACUUGAGGGAAACAUGAGACCAAUUUCGUAUUGACUAUUCCCUGUACCAUCCACAAUACUCUCCAGAUUGUCAUGAGGUGUUAUUUUAAGCAUAUAAAGUUGUGAAAAUCUUUCAAAUACCUGGAUGGACUUCACUUGAAUCAAAGUGUUAUAUGAACCAGUUUGGUGUAGAUCAAAACUCUGAUCCAGUCAUGUUUUCUCUGAGGCUUGUCUCAGUCAUCUGUUCAGUCUCCUAAUGUCUGCAUCCUUUCUGUUUGUAGUGGCCGUCAAACUGACUUAAUUAACAUAGAUUGUUUGAACUCUUCUAAUUUUUCUAGCUCUAAAUUUCAUUUUGAGUUCGUGGCACAAACAUGCAUGAAUGUUUUGUAUGUCUCGCUCACCUGUCUAUGGGGGACUGUAUCGUUUGUCUUUAUGUCCACGCCGGGUGCGUCACUGUAGCUGAUCGGCGCAGUGUUGACAGCCUGCUUUAUCUAUCUGCUCUAUAAAGAAGAGGAGGAGGCCUUUGGCACAUUGUGAUUGAGCUCUAGAGCGCCUUUGCGGUUCAAUCGAGUAAAGAGACAAGGUUUGAGGGCAUUGUUGAUUUGAAAUCUGCAUGUUUGUCCUUAUUUGGCUGUUUGCGCUGUGUAAAAUACUCAAUCUUUGCUCGACAUGUGUUUGCUCUUACAUAAUCUUUGGCUGAGUGUGGCGCAUGCAGCUGUCUGGCUUUGGCUGUAAAUUGUGUAAACUGUGGCUCUGCAUGCCGUAAUAAAGGGCUGCUCUGGCUGGUGAGGAUGUGAUGAAGGCCAAACUGUGAGAAUGGCUUGAUUAAGUAAAACAUUAGCACAAUGGUGUUUUUAAAAAAAUGCAGAAAAAAUGUAAAGAGGAAAUGAGUAUGAUGAGAUAAAUAACAGGCUUUCGCUUUUCCACUGGUGGCUGCAAGUAUCUUCCCUCACUUUUAAAAUCAUAGUCGAGGUAAUGUUCUUUAUACUUGUAUCAUUUCAUUGAGCCUUUUAUACCAGGACAUCUCUGAAUACAUUUAGGAAAAGCAUCAAUGCUGUUGCCAUAGUUACUCAAAAUCUAAAAUAGAUAAGCUUUUCAAUGAGUUAUGACUGAGUAGAGCUCUGAGGUGUCCAGCCAUUCAGCAGAAAAAGUAUCUCCUGCCUGUUGUAUCGCUUAUUUAGUAUCAUUUUCCUCGCUCAAAAAUGGAUUUAAAAAAGACAGACAGGCAGAGAUCUCUCACUUCUCCUCUUAUAUCAUCUGUCUCUCUGACAAAUAUAUCACAUUCCCACGUACCCAUCAUUGACGGUGGAGAGCAGAGGUGACAGACUCAAACUUGCCUGAAGAUAGACUGUUAUGAGUCUCUAUGCGGUGCUGACGCGCUCGAUGAGACUUUUUCAGAGGGCUUUUAGAGACUCAUGUAUUGAAUCUGGGCAUUUGCCUGUUUAUCCAUCAAACCUGGCAGGCCCAGCAGCUCAGGUCAAUAUCUGCUUCUGCUGGCCUUUUUUUUUUACUUUGGAAGCUUUUUCUACAGCUGUUUACAGUAAAGUGCUGUAAACAACAUACAGCAGCAGGGGUUUUUGUGUGAGCAGAUAACUUAGAGUCAGUUCUGUAACAGGGGUUAUUUCGUCCCAACACCCAGCGCUUCAUUUUGCAUCUGCUUUUGCCCGCCUGUGCGCACACAUGUUGCUGCAAUAACUACCGCUUGACUCCUGACAUCCCCAUAGUAACCAGUUACACACUUUUCCACUCCAACCCCAUCACCUUUAACCCCCUCUCCAUCCCCCCACGGUCAAUAACCCUCUAGCUUCCUGCAGCCCUCCAUGGUGACCGAGCAAUCAUUUGACCGAACAACGUCCUGUUUUCAGAUCUGUGGCAUGGUGUUCACCAGCUGCUUGUACAGGAGGAUCAAGUUGGAGCCCUACUGAGCACACAGGGACCCCCAACACACUUCCUUCAACAGGCAGACGGACUGAUGACCUGCUGACACCUUCAUAUAGACCAUUUGAAUCCUGAACGCUGACCUGAUGAUCUCAGCAGGGUGCUCAGACACAUUCAGGGUUUAUAGUAAACAGAAACGCACUGUGUCACUGACCAACGGGCUGACUUUUUCGCUUCCACUCGGACUGUAGUAACACCUGACUGUGAUCCAGCAGUACUGGAGCAACUUCUCUGUUUGCAUCCUUGCUUUGGCCAAGAUGCAUGCAGAAUUUUUUUUUCCUGGAAAAAGACAGGGAAACGAAGUGUCACUGUGCUUUUUAUCCUGUACACUUACAGAUACUGCAAACUGAAUAACCAUGAUUUCACUUUCAGAUUUAUAUAUAUGAUCUGUGUAUAUUUCGGGCUGCACCAGUACUUGAGUAAGCUAAGUGAGGUUAAGCUGCACACUGAUGUAACUUUUGUGAACAUGAUGAGCCUCUUCCACUUCUAUACAGGCGAGUACUACAAAUAAACUCAGAUAUCUUUAAAGGGAACUGUUAAUGCAAUGGACCAAUUACAACUUAUGAAUCUGUGUGGGUGUAUCUAUUUUGAUAUAAAGGCCUUAACUGCAUAACUAUUGUAUAGUUUUGAUAAUGUCAAUUGAACAUGUGAAGGAGAAAGUGAAAAUCAUUUGAUUAAAACAUCUCUGGAUUUACAACUCCACCCAGUGGAUGGCACUGGUAAUGUACUGCUGAUGUAAGUGAUGAAAAAGCUACAUGUGAUAAACUCUGUUAUGGUUCUAUAUACUGAAAAUGUUCACCAUAUUAAAGUCAUCGCUAACUGGGUUUAUUUGUG